AUGCCCGGAAUUGCCAGGAAGAUCAUCAUAUGCGCUGCCAUCGAUGGUCUCAUUCUCCAGCCGCUGUCCACAAAGGGACAACGACCAUUCCAGCCCGUCAGGAUCGGAUAUGGCGAUGCAUCUAUUUCAGCAGUUCCACGGGACCAGAUACCGGAUGCUUCCGCCUCCAACUCAUCCUUUGAAGCGUUCGGCAUUAUUGGCUUAAUUACUGUUUCAAGGUUGAGCUACCUCAUCACUAUUACUCGUCGCCAACAAGUCGCGCAAGUCUUCGGGUUUCCUAUUUAUCUCGUCACUGGAGUGGCCAUUACACCAUGCAACACUAAGCAAGAGGCCGAUGAGUCCAUUCAUACGACAGCCAGCCUGCUCAAGGAGCAUGCGCCGAGUGACGGAAACGAAGGCUCCGGAAGUAGCGACGAAGACGGAGGGCAUCCCUGGCCUCCCCUCGAUGAGGUCGAAGAUGCAAUCAGUGAAGAUAGGGCUCCUACUGACUCGUCCCGAAGCAGUGUCAUGGAGGAUAUAAUGCGCCGCCGAGGUAGCUACGGCCGCUUUGCUCAGCGUUGGUUCAGUAGCAUUGGAUGGACAAUUGAUCAGAGACGAAGCUUGGGCUUGAGCAUUGCAGCCACAAGCGUACCUACAACUCCAGAAGCGUCAAGCGGACCGGCCGCAUUCAAGAUACCACUUGAAGAGGAUAUGGGUAGUCAAAGUCAUGUCACAGCCUUGCUGCCAAAGUUACUGAGGACGAUGCAAGUCUUUUUCGGGUCCUCUAGAAGCUUUUACUUCUCCUACGAUCUUGACCUCACACGAAGCAUCUCCCAACAUGCCUGGAUUCCCAAUCCAGACACACCAUUGCACACACAGGUGGAUAGCAAGUUCUUCUGGAACAGACACUUACUAAGUGAAUUCAUGGCAACUGGCCAGGACUCAAUAAGUCUCCCCCUAAUGCAGGGUUUUAUUGGUCAGCGAACAUUUGUAGUAGAUAGUGACCCUCCUCAGAUGGACGAAAGCGCAUUCGAGUCUGUGGAACUCGCCGACAUGUCUAUUUCGGCAUCUCUACCGGCAUCACCCCCCAGUGGUCGCGAUGGGGACCAAGCCGAUCUCAGGCCGUCGGCGAGAAAGUGUCUCAUCACACUGGUGUCUCGCAGAUCAACCCAACGUGCAGGUCUAAGAUAUCUUCGUAGAGGCAUCAACGAGGACGGUUUCGCGGCCAACAUGGUGGAAACAGAGCAGAUCAUCUCGUCGCCUACAUGGGACCGUUCCUCGCCAAUUCACUCAUUUGUACAGAUUCGCGGAAGCAUUCCACUGUUCUUCACGCAGUCUGCAUACUCGCUGAAACCAGUUCCAGUAAUACAACACUCCCCGGAAAGCAACUACAGAGCCUGCAGGAGACACUUUGAGAGACUUCUCUCCAACUAUGGAUCCCUUCAAAUCGUCAACCUGGUUGAGAAGCGUGGCGUUGAGGAACCCAUUGGAGCACAAUACGAGGCAAACAUUUCGCGCCUCAACGAAGAGCUAGGCGAGAAGAACAGAAUUCCGUUCGAGUGGUUUGACUUUCACCACGCCUGCCGUGGAAUGAAGUUUGAGAAUGUCAGUCAGCUUCUAGCCAAACUGAGAGGUAGGUUGGGGGAAUUGGGCAGCACAACACAAGUCGGCGACGAGAUUACUCGGCGACAGAGUUCUUUUGCAAAGCACAUGCUGGAUUUGCAACUGAAGGCAGAUGGAAUAGACAUGAGUGCGCAGCCAGACCAAGAGACGAGGUGGUUCAACACUCUCUGGGCAGACAAUGGCGACGCCGUCUCCAAGCAGUACGCGUCUACGGCCGCUAUGAAGGGCGAUUAUACGAGGACGAGAAAACGAGACUAUCGCGGAGCCUUGAAUGACUUGGGACUAUCACUGGCGCGAUUUUACAGCGGCAUGGUCAACGACUACUUUAGCCAAGCGGCCAUGGACUUUCUGCUCGGAACCGCGACAGAAAAAGUCUUUGACGAGUUCGAAUCCGACAUGAUGACGAAAGAUCCCGCCAUCUCCGUUGCCAAACUGCGCCAGCACGCUGUCGAACUUUGCCAAAAACGGGUGGUUGCCGAUAUCAACGAAGAGAUUCACGGAGGAUGGGUACUCAUCAGCCCCAACAUGGCCGACGUGGUCAGAUCCUGGUCCAUGGAAGAGGUCGUUGUCCUGUUGACGGACGCCGCUCUAUACGUGUGCCGCUUCGACUGGCAUCUCGACAAAGUAUCCUCCUUUGAACGUGUACACCUCGCCAACGUGACGCACAUCAAGUUCGGAACGUACAUCACGUCAACCCUCGUCUCGACGCACAUGGACGAAGUGAAGAAUGUCGGACUUGUCGUAUCCUAUCAGCCGGGAAAAAGCAACAUCAAGAGAACCAACACACGGACGCUCUCAACUAAGGGGUACAUUGCGCCGAACUCGGCAUCUCAGGGAGAGGCCAAGACGCAGAUGGGCCUCGCCAGCUUCUUCUUGCCCAAAGAAAAAUCGCCUGCAACUCGGAGGCUGGCGUUUAAAGCGCCAUACGUGGAUUCUCGGACGGCCGUGUCGGGAACAGGCGGCGCGCAGCAGACGGAGCUACAGCAGGUGGUGACGAUAUGUGCAGAGAUUGAGCGGCUGGCGCCGGAAGCACAGCUGCGCAAGAAGGGAGGGGGUGACGGGAAUUUCGUAGAGAAGGGGGACAUUAUCUCGCUGCAAGAGGCGAAGAAGAACACCGGGUUGCUGGAGCAGUUGGGACAUUCGAUCAAGAGACUUGUCUGGGCUUAG